UUCAAAACUUCUCUACAUGUCUCCAGCUAUACAAAAAGAAAAUUUAAGAUUUACAUUAUAUUCUUAUUCUGAUCAAACAAAACAGCUGCUGCUUAUCCAUAAGAAUAUUUUGGAUAUAGGCAUUUAGCCAUUUCCUCCCUUUUUCUUUCUCUCAUUUCCACCGAGUCCCUUACUUUUCUAUCAUUCCAAACAGUCCCUUUAUUUUUUUUGAAGCAACUGUUUAAUCAAUCUUCUUUCUCGUCUGUCUGUGUGGGUGGUCAUAGAGAUUAAAGAUGGAUGAUUGUAGUCAGAUGCAAAACAAGACUGCGAGUUGCAGUUCUGAAGAGGUGAGCAGUAUCGAGUGGGAAUCAAUCAAGAUGACUGAACAAGAAGAAGAUCUCAUCCACAGAAUGUAUAGGCUGGUUGGGAACAGGUGGGAUUUGAUAGCAGGGAGGAUUCCAGGGCGUAAAGCAGAAGAAAUAGAGAGGUUUUGGACAAUGCGAGACAUAAUCAAGAAUUUGCAAAGAGAAGAAAUCAGCAUCAAACUAGCUGAAACUUCCUAAACGGUUUUGUUCAUUGUCGUUUUGACAUCUUCAGUUUAAUUUUAUUCCUUCUCUUUCUUCUUGCUUUGCUUGAAAUUCUUGUAUGGAAUUCGUCUGUUAAUUUUCACUUAAUCCCUCGUAAAUGGACAUGAUGGCCUCUUUAAUAA